ACAGUCGCCGCUCCAGAACCUGCGGUGUCUGGGGAAGCGGGUCGAGGAGGAGAUUUCUUCAUAGGAAAAAAGGAACUCCAAGCUUUCUGAAUGGCCCCGGUGAGCUCACGCGGCCGUCCCGGCCCGCUGGACGCCUGCGAACCGUUGAAGAUCACUCCGAAGCUCUUGACAAAGCUCAAAGAAUCUCUCUCUGAUCCAUCCUACAAGGAGAUGAUUGAGUCGACCGCGAACGUCAACACCCGGAUAGCCAUCGAGCGGAAAAUACGUCUUCCCUUCCUGGAUCAACAAACAAAUCUGGCCCAGACCCACAGUCAUCUGAGCUAUUCACGCAUGGAGCGACUGCCACCACGGAGAGACGGUCAAUUGGUCUCAUAUCCCGCUACAGCGUGGUACAAGAAGAAACGACAAUACCUCAUGAAUGACAGAUCCUUUCGCAGACUUUCGAAAGCGCUAGCCGCGAAAGAGAAAGGGGAAAACAUCGAAGGUGAAACUGCUAUCUCGCUGGUUGAAAACACCGGUGUACGAGGGGGCCCUAAUCCUGAUGAGGACGAGACGUCGAGAGAUGCUGCUCUGAAGAAUGACGAGAGUAACCAGUCUUGGCUCCGCGAGCAGGAGUUCAUGGAAGAAGCAUAUCUCUUGAACUCGGACGUUUGGGAGGACCCGGAAUCGGAUUACGAUGAUGAUCGUGACGACAGUUAUGGACCUAAGAAGGAUCGUCGGAAGGGGAAAACCGCGAAAGCACCGCGAGCGACGGGAGCGAGGAAAGGGAGACGAAGUGGACGGGGAGCCGCCGACAAAGACAAAGACCCGUCUAUGUCAGGCCGAGACGACGAUAAACCUUUCGUGUGUGACAUAUGCGGGGCUAGGUACAAGACCCGUCCUGGACUAUCGUACCAUUAUACACACACGCAUGGAUCUCGUCAGGACACGCCUUCACCGGGCGCGCGAUCUACCUCUCCGGCUCCACCGCGGGAAGACUCUCGUCAAGGGAGCGAGGCUUCGCCUCUGGCGGGCUUGCGAAAGUUCCAAGACAACUUCCUGUCUUUCCUCAAGUCUCCGGCAGACAAAGAUAAAUCGACCGAGGGUACCCCCGAGACUUCUGAUGGUCCUGCAGCAGCGGAACGACAACCAUUGUAUUGCGAUUUCUGUCUCGGAACCGAAUCGGAAAACAAGAAAACCAAGCAACCCGAAGAGAUGGUGACCUGUGCCGACUGCGGACGUUCGGGACAUCCGACGUGCCUGCAGUUCACCGAUGUUAUGACGAACAACGUGAAGAAGUACAGGUGGCAAUGCAUAGAGUGCAAAACUUGUACUUUAUGCGGGACGAGUGAAAACGAUGACCAAAUGCUCUUCUGCGACGAUUGUGACCGCGGAUACCACAUGUAUUGUUUGUCGCCCCCUCUCAAGGAACCGCCGGAAGGCUCCUGGAGUUGCCACCUAUGUCAGAAGGAGAGCACCGGACAAGCGGUCCAUACAGCGGCCGCAUCUGUGUCAUCUAAAUAGGACAGAAAAAAUUACUUCGACGGAGAUUCUGAUGAAGACACAAGAAGAAUGAUUCCAUUGGGUCCUUGCCUGUUGAAACGAAUCGGCAGGGAGAUUUUCUCGCGAAAGCAGGGAGUGGACGGCCACGCGUGUCGCUGAACAUUUUUUUCCACUCUUGUGAAUGAGUUCGUGAGCGAUAUCGGUAUCCAUAGCGCAGGACGAGAUGAUACCCUCCUUCGAUACGGCUUCCAUGACUCGGCCCGCUUUCGGAGGGAAAACGGAUCCCUAGGGCUGAAAUAUCCAGCGCUCCGAUCUCGCUGUGACGCUCGUCUCUUUCGGCGUUCCGAAUUCGCCGGAAUUCUAUUUCUGAGACCCUGAUGACUUGACUCGAGAGAAUCAUUAAGUGUGCGACUCCACAUGACCGAUGCAAGGACACUUGAAAGUGGAUCUAGGCGACUUCUCCGUCACCGGAUCCAUCUG